AUGGAACAAAGAAGACGAAAGACACAGAGGCAGCGACAGUGGUGGGUCGCCUGUAUGUUUGCGUUGCUGAUGGAUUGGAGCGCAGCGUCCGCACAGAUCAGAUAUUCCAUACCUGAGGAAUCAAAAGAAGGCACUGUUGUCGGAAAUAUAGCUAAGGACUUGGGAUUAGACCGGAGCACUUUAAAAGCGAGAGGAUAUCGCAUUGUAACGGGUUCGGUCGAUCCCCUGUUCCAAAUAAACCAGAACGAUGGCAUUUUGUACGUGAAACACAAAAUUGAUAGAGAGGAGAUUUGUGAAGCAAGCAGUACGUGUUUCAUCAACCUGAAAACCGUACUAGAGAACCCACUUGAGAUCCAUUAUGUGGCUAUAGAGGUACUGGAUAUAAAUGACCAUUCUCCUAGUUUUCCGGAGAAAGAGAAACGAAUGGAAAUUUCAGAAUCAGUACUACCAGGGACGCGAUUUCAGCUGCAAGCUGCAAGUGACGCUGAUGUUGGCAUCUACUCUGUACAGCAGUAUAAACUUACUCACAACGAUAAUUUCCGAUUGGAAGUUAAUGACCGAGGUGACAAUGGUAAAAUUCCCGUCUUACUCUUACAGAAGCCACUGGACAGAGAGGUUAUGAAAAGACACACAUUUAUCUUGACUGCAGUUGACGGAGGAAAGCCUCCUAGAUCCGGCACUGUUGUACUAAGUGUCGACGUUUUGGAUAUAAAUGAUAAUUUGCCAAUAUUCACGAAAGACACGUACUCGGUAACGCUGAAUGAAAAUGCUCCAAUUGGUACUACAGUAAUAACGGUUAAUGCCACAGAUUUGGAUGAAGGAUCAAAUGGUGAGGUUUUUUAUUCUUUCGGUAACAGUGUCAAUAGUAAGUUACGGAACCUUUUCCACGUGGAUGCUAAUACUGGGGAGAUAAUUGUGAAAGGAACGAUAGAUUUCGAAGUGAAAGACAGAUAUGAGAUUUAUAUACAAGCCUCUGACAAGGGUGCCGCUCCUUUAACGACUGAGAAAAGCGUCAAUGUAAAAAUUAUUGACUUAAACGACAAUGCGCCGGAAAUUGAAGUCACAUCUUUCUCUGACGCAGUUCCUGAAGAUGCCAGACCCGGAACUACAGUUGCAUUGAUCAGUGUUAACGACCUAGAUUCUGGCCCGAAUGGCAAAGUUGUUUGUUUUGUAAAUGAUGACGUUCCCUUUACAUUAACGCCAUCCUUACAGAAUAACAUGUAUUCCUUAGUCACAAAAUCUCCCCUCGAUAGAGAAAAGAAGCAAAGUUUUGAUCUAACUGUUGUUGCCAAGGAUGCUGGAGAGCCAGUCCUGUCGUCUGAAAAGGAAAUAACAGUUACAGUAUCCGAUGUAAACGAUAACAGCCCAGAAUUUUUACUGAACCCUUAUAGUUUCUACAUUUCUGAGAAUAACGCUUCAGGAGACUCUGUGUUCUCAGUGAAAGCCUCUGACCGUGACGAGGGUGACAAUGCUCUUAUUUCAUAUCAUAUUUUAAGAGAUAGCAGAACAGAAAAUAGUCUAACUUCCUUUUUGAAUAUUAAUUCAGAAAAUGGAAAUAUCCUGGCACUUAAAACCUUUGACUUUGAGACAGUGAAAACCUUCCAGUUCCAAGUUGUCGCGACAGACUCUGGAACUCCAUCACUGAGCAGCAACGUCACAGUGAACGUGUUCAUUCUGGAUCAGAACGACAACGCUCCAGUCAUCUUGUAUCCCGUCAGCGCGAACGGUUCUGCUGAAGGUGUGGAGGAGAUUCCCCGCAAUGUGAACGCAGGCCACCUGGUGACUAAAGUGAGAGCCUAUGAUCCAGAUAUAGGUUACAACGGGUGGUUGUUGUUUUCACUGCAGGAAGUGAGUGACCACAGUCUGUUUGGUUUGGACCGCUAUACAGGACAGAUAAGAACACUUCGUUCAUUCACAGAGACAGACGAGGCUGAACAUAAGCUGGUCAUACUGGUGAAAGACAAUGGGAACGUUUCCCUGUCAGCAACAGCUACUGUGAUUGUCAAGGCUGUGGAGCCCAAAGAGGCUUUUGCAGCUUCAGAUGUCAAAAGUGCAGCAAAUGUUGAAGAAGAGAGUAAUGUGACAUUUUAUCUUAUAAUAACUUUGAGCUCAGUUUCAACACUGUUUCUCAUCAGCAUCAUUGCUCUGAUUGUAAUGCAGUGCUCCAAACCCACAGGCUGUUCCUCCAAGUAUUUACAAGACACACACUAUGACGGGACUUUAUGCCACAGCAUUCAGUACAGAUCUGGAGAAAAACGGUACAUGUUAGUUGGACCCAGAAUGAGUAUAGGAUCUACUAUUGUCCCGGGCAGCAACGCCAAUACUCUCGUUGUCUCUGACAGGAGACAGACAUCUGAAGAGGUAAGGCGUGCAUUA